CCUCGACAUGUCUACUCUGCAGAAAGCGCUCGUUCUCCCGGUUAAGCAGGGCACGUUCACCUUGCAGUCAAUAAAUAUUCCUACGCCUGGUUCUGGUCAACUCCUCGUCAAGGUGCAUGCCGCCGCUCUCAAUCCGGCAGACUGGAUCGUCCAGAAGUAUGGAAUACUGGUCGAGAACUACCCUACCGUCCUUGGAUCAGAUAUCGCUGGUAUUGUGGAAGCCGUCGGAGACGGUGUACAAGGCUUCGAGCAGGGUGAUAGAGUGUUCUCCCAAGGCAGCAUCGAUGGUUUGCGCGCAGGAUUCCAGCAGUAUUCUCUCUUUAAUGUCAAUAUAACUGCCAAGAUUCCUGCAGACAUGACAUUCGACCAGGCGGCGACUAUACCUUUAGGUUUAGCGACGGCGGCCCGUGGGCUCUACACUUCAUCAGCCCCCGAAAGUAGCGAAUCUGAGGGCACGCAGCUUACUGCGCCGUGGGAAGGAGACGGCCGCGGCAAGUACACAGGCAAGCCACUCGUGGUCUUUGGUGCAUCGAGCUCUGUCGGCCAAUACGUUCUACAACUCGCAAGGCUCUCGGGCUUCUCUCCCAUUAUUGGUACAGCCUCGCUGCGCCACACCGACUAUCUCAAGUCUCUUGGUGCUACUCAUAUAAUAGACCGAGCCCUUCCUGCCGACUCUCUUCGUUCUGAAGUCGAGAAGAUUACCUCUGAGCCCUUAGAGGUGAUAUACAAUGUGGUUCCCCAAGCUGCCACCCAGGACAUUGCGUUCGACCUACUUGCACCCAGUGGAUGUCUCGUGACUGUCCUCCCGCUCGCUAAGGCUGAAUACAGUAAGCGCGUCAUAUGGGUUCCUAGGAACCAUGCGGUUGUCGUCAGCCUAUACAAAGCAUUGCCUGAUCUGUUGAAAGAAGCGGCGAUUCGACCGAACCGCGUCGUUCUCCUUCAUGGUGGGCUUAAUGGCGUCGUAGGUGGAUUGGAACAAUUAGAGAAUAAUUUGGUCAGCGGUGUGAAGCUCGUAGUGAGACCGCAAGAGACGGCUUGAGCGCGCCUUCCAUAAUAGAACGCAGCAUUCCGUUCUACGCAUUAUGUUCGACAGCUAUAUAGCGAAUUGGCCUAUGAUGACUUCAUGUACGCGUAAUCGUUAUCCAAUGUUACAGUCAAAAGAAUGUAUCGUUA